CGACGUAAUCUGCGCGCCCGUGCGCGUCCGGCGGUCCGAGCGCAUUCAGGAACAGCCUUGUUUCUUCCGACCCGGGAUUGAGCGCGCAACGGAGACAAGGCUGCAACAUGGCGACGGGCACUACCGCAGUAUUCAUAAACCUCUCAAUUGUUGUGCGGAUUGAACAUCACAAGCUUCGCGGGUCGACCUCAGACGUGUCGCCAGAGCGUUCGAGUGGUGGACAUCCUCCGCCAAUCCUCCGCCUUCGAUCGAGCCUCAAUGAAUUUAGCGCCGAGCCACAGAGGCUAAAAAUCGCCUUGCGCUCCGAACACCCGAAUAUAUUCUCCUGGACAAACAUAGGACUGAUUCGGUACGUCCCCCUAGAAAUGACCGGUGUACGUCGCUGCUAAUCACCCAAGGUUCUUCUGUGACACUUUGUGCGGCGACCGAUCAUCAAGGACAUUGGUGCCUAGACAAAGCACGGCCAUGUGUAGUCCUACGUUGGACUAUGUAACCUUGCCCAACUUUUAGCCACCCCACCCCGUACGUGCAAGUUGGUCCCGCAAGAACUUUACACAGGUCUCUACUAUCGCGGCAGGGAAUGCAUAUAGCGACAAGCGAUGCAAGUCCGAAUGCCCUGCGUCCUCUACGUCUCCGUUCGGCUCUCAGGAUCUCAGUCGGCAGGGACAUUCCUGGUCAUUAUGAACAGCUCCACGCUGCAAUCUCGACCGAGAAGGUCAUAAAACGACUCGGAGGUAUGACGCCCAGUGUUUGUGUGAG